AGUCAGACCUGACGUCAGGACACUUGGAGUCCACAUAAAAAGGCGCGCGGGGACUUUGCCGGGAAUGCCAACGUGAGGAUGUGGAAGAAAGCGGAGAAACGCCUCAGACCUUUUCAUUUCACAAGGAUCUGAUUCUGGGUUCAAUGACUUUAACGCUGGGCUCCAGGGAUGAGGUGGCUUCUACAGUGGAUUCUAAUACUAGUAAUAGUAGCCCACGUCCAUCAGGCCUCCUCCCAGGGCUCCAUUGGUGAGUUGCCUACACCCACCACGCCAGAGCCAGUGGGCCGCACGCAAUACUGCAAGUGGCCCUGCAAAUGCCCCAAGAGCCCCCCGCAAUGCCCGCCAGGGGUCAGUCUUCUCACGGAUGGCUGCGACUGCUGCAAGGCCUGUGCCAAGCAGGUGGGUGAGACCUGCAACGAGGCUGACAUCUGCGACCACCACAAGGGCCUGUACUGCGACUAUAGCGCUGACAAGCCUAGGUACGAAAAAGGAGUGUGUGCAUAUGUGGUGGGCACCGGCUGUGAACACAAUGGAGUGAUCUAUCGUAAUGGACAGAGCUUCCAACCCAGUUGCAAGUACCGCUGCCUGUGUGUGAACGGCGCCAUUGGGUGUGUGUCGCUCUGCACUGACUCGCAGCCACCCCUCGUAUGGUGCCAGGCCCCACAACGGGUCAGGCUGCCAGGCCGCUGCUGCGAGGAGUGGAUCUGCGACGAAUCUAGAAAGGCGCGUAAAACCGCUCCCAGGCACGCUCUAGAAGUGUUUCCCAAUGACAAUGAGAUAUGGCACAAGAACUGCGUGAGCCAGACUACGCCCUGGAGUCCAUGUUCGAGGACAUGUGGUCGGGGCAUUUCCAUGCGCAUCUCCAAUGCCAAUGAUCAGUGUGAGAUGGUGAAGGAGACACGUCUAUGUACAAUCCGACCAUGCGAAGUGGACAUCACCAAGCACAUUAAGCCAGGGAAGAAGUGCUUAAACAUCUAUCGGGAGGACCAGGCUCAGAACUUCACCAUCUCCGGCUGCACCAGCAAGAAGCAGUAUUGGCCCAAGUACUGCGGGGUUUGCACAGAUGAGCGCUGUUGCAUCCCCUAUAAGUCCAAAACCAUCGAGGUGGAGUUCCAGUGUCCUAACGGGUCUACGUUCACCUGGCAAGUUAUGUGGAUAAAUGCCUGCUUUUGCAACCUCACCUGCAAGAACCCCAAUGACAUCUUCCGUGAACUGGAGCGAUAUUAUGAUUAUCCUGAUGUCUAAGUCGUCAGGUGGCUUCUUUAAUUCCCCAUGUGCUUACAAUUUUCCUUUCACUAUCAAGCCCUCACAAAACAUGUCCCAGCAGAGUCUAAGGGUGGCAAAAGGUGAAUUAUUGACAACCUCCUGUCUACUAGACCUUGACAUUUUCAUAUGUUACACGUAAAAGUC